GUACCCUUGCAGAAGGGUAUGAGGUGUAGAGAGAGGACCAUUAUAGAGCAUUAAGCUGCUGGUAUGGUGUCACCACUACUUUUGGUGUUUUUAACUGCUCUCCCUGUGGUCCUCUGCUACCAUUCCUCUUUCAUUGACCUGGAAGCUAAAGGAAGUAACAAGUCCUCUAUCAGAUUCCUGGUUGUGGGGGACUGGGGUGGUCUGCCAUAUCCCCCUUAUGUAACUCCUAUAGAGAAGGCCACUGCACGCAUGAUGGCUAAAACUGCUUCGCAUAUGGGGGCUGACUUCCUUCUAGCUCUUGGUGACAACUUCUACUACAAGGGUGUCAGUGACGUCAAUGACCCUAGAUUCCAGGUCACUUUUGAAAACGUCUAUACUCAAGAUUCUCUGAACAUUCCAUGGUAUGUCGUUGCUGGCAAUCAUGACCAUGCAGGAAAUGUCCUUGCUCAAAUUGAGUAUAGCCAAAAAUCAAAGAGAUGGAAUUUCCCCUACUACUUCUAUGAGAUGAAUUUCCGCAUCCCUCGAACGGACAGCACGAUGACCAUUAUCAUGCUUGACACUGUGUUGCUGUGUGGAAACUCUGAUGACUUCCUCGAUGAACAGCCUCGGGCUCCCCGAAGUGGUGUUCUGGCCAACCGACAACUGCUCUGGCUUCAGGAGCGAUUGGCAAAGUCUAGGGCCGACUAUCUCCUGGUGGCUGGCCAUUAUCCUGUGUGGUCCAUAUCGGAGCAUGGCCCAACUGACUGCUUGGUGAAGAGAUUAAGACCAUUGCUGAAGAAGUACAAGGCCACUGCAUACCUUUGUGGCCAUGACCACAAUCUACAGUACUUUAAGGAAUCUGGCAUUGGUUAUGUGGUUAGUGGAGCUGGUAACUUCAUGGAUCCUGAUGUGCGCCACCGCAAUCGUGUUCCUCGUGACUACCUUAAGUUCUUCAACGGUGAUGCUGCCACACUUGGUGGCUUUGCUCACGUGGAGGUCAACAAGAAGCAGCUGACUGUUACCUUCAUACAGGCCAGGGGAACCUCUCUUUAUCAGGCUGUUCUUAAAAGGCGUGACUUCCAGAGAAGUUGAAGAGUUUGAAGUCAUUACCACAAAGUUUUUAUCACUUUGGGCAGUUACCCAGGUCUUCGCUUAAUCCUGUGAAUUAGAUGUGUGCCAGACUUGGGAAAAGAGUUAUUAUUGUAAUCUUUAAGUAUUUAUAAAUGAGUUUUUAAUUUGACUUUAA